UGCAUGAUGGUGAAACAUUAGAAUAUGGUCAUUUCUCAAUAUACAUCAGGCUGUCGAAUAACACGUGGUUGUACAUUAAUGAUAGUCAACUCAAAUUUGAUGUUGACUUAUCACAAGUAUUGGAUGAAAAGAAAAAUGUGUAUCUGUUAGCUUAUCUAAGAAAAAGUGGUGUUCAAAAACAACGUACGCACUUCACUCUAAAUUGGUUAUCUAUUCGAUUUAUACAAAAAGUGAUUCUUUCUGUUCCAGCUCAUCAUUCCAAAAGUACAAUCAUUAUUGGCCCACAAACCAAUCUACCAGGAAUUCGUACUGUACCACACUUAAAUUCCGUGUUCACCUCAACUCCGGUAAGUGGUAUGCUCCACGAGAAAAAGGUUUUUGUGGGUAUAAACUGACUUUCCAGUCUAAUACCAAAUCUUUUCUUGUAGAAAAGAUUUCUCUUUUUCACUUUUCUCGAACAAGAAAUACGAUAUAAAAAACCUAAUAGAAUUUUGGAAAAACCUUUAUCUGAAAGACGCAAACUGGGUUGUGAAUGAUCCUCUUUUUCUCAGAGCCCAUCCUCUUUGUCCUCGUUUCCGGUCGUUUUUCCUCUUUUUCGAUGAUUUUGUUACAAAAAUGCCUGAGUUUUAGCAAUUUUAGAUUCAAAUAUAGUUUUAGAUAUAUUUGAGUCAUUUUUUAAGGUGAAGAAUUUCAAUACAGAGAAUAAGAGAUAAAUCACCUUUAUAAUCAUUAAAAUAGACUAUUUUCUGUUAGAGACGUUUCAUCUUUAUUCAAAAGACAUCAUCAGUCAAAUGUGACAGACGCUAGUUAAUUCAAAAUAAAAGAUAAAAUGAAAUACAUAUAUGUAGAACGCAAAAUCGAUAAAAUACAACUUUUCCUUUUUUCACAAUAUAUGACGACUGAAUGUAUUACAUAUAUGUGUACUACAUAUACGUAUUUCAUUUUAUCUUUUAUUUUGAAUUAACUAACGUCUGUCACAUUUGACUGAUGAUGUCUUUUGAAUAAAGACGAAACGUCUCUAAAAGAAAAUAGUCUAUUUUCAUGAUUAUAAAGGUGCCCUAUAAAAGAACUUUCAUAUGGUAGGGCAAACAACGUGUAUUUUUUGUGUGUGAAAUCGUGAAUAAAUUAGGUGAAUAUCUCAGCAGUGCCGUAUCUUAUCACCUCCGAGCAUACUAAUACGCAUAAAGACAUACAAUACACUUCUAGAUCGGAAAAAAUUCUCUUUGUUCUCAUCUUUCUUCGACAGUAAUCCUCUGAAAAAAAAUUUAGAACAUCCUCUUCUGUCCUCUUAUUUUCAAAAUGACCGUUUACAAGCCAGGACCCGAGGUUUUGAGUGGAAGUUUGUAGAAGGUUAAGCUGACUUUUAAUUUGAACAAAUAAUCGCAUAAAAGCCAAUAGCUGUGCUGUUUUACUCAUGUCGUGUUGUUACGAAUGGUUCUUGUCCAUAUGUGUGAUAAACUUUAUUUUUUUGUUUUCUAAGAUUGGAUUAUCAACAUCGAAUAUUAUUCACUCUAUCAUUCUUAAAAAGACAUUUCAGCAAACAAGUGUCUACCCAUCCACUGCAAUACCAAUAUCUCCAUCUCCAUUUAACAAUACGUCAUUCUAUUCACGCCAACGCUCAUCACCAGAAAGUACAAUUCCAUCUCAACAAACUCACAUACUGAUUGAAAUGCGAGAAAGCACACCCAAAAUUAAUUUUCUUUGUUUGUGUGUAUGUCUAUGUCGUUUAGGUGGUGUAGUCCAUGAACGACCAGAUGUGGUUUUGACUAUUUUGAUUGAAGAUAUGAACCAAAUGGUUGAAUCAUUUCAAAUUGGAUUAGCAGCCAAAACAGCUACUCUUAUCGACAAUACACAAAAUCGACAUCAACAAAUAAAAUUAUUGCAAGAACAUUGGAAUAAAUUAUCAAUUAAUAAACGUGGCUGUGGAUUUUAUACAAAACAACCAGAAGAUUACAUUAUGAACCAUAUGACGUCAAGUUUGGCAAAUCCACCUGUGAUUAACGACAAUUUAUCUUUACCUCAAUUAUUGCCAGAAUGGUUAAAUUGUGCAGUCACGUUGUUAUUAUCUAUGGAGAGUAUUCGUCGUCGAACACUGUCAACACAAUCAAAUUUAUCACCUUUAUUAAAAGAAAUAGCCAUCUUCAUCGAUCAUUAUUGUACUGGUUUAUAUGAGAAAAAAAUAAAACGAAAGGAAACAACAAAAGCAAUGAAAACCCAAUUUGCAGUAGGUAUCGGAUGUGUUAGCGACGAUCCAUAUGAACAAAUGCAGACUAUAUUGAAACAAAUUCUUCUUCCAAUUAUCAAUAGCCAACUUCAAGCAAUAAAAUGGUAUUAUUGCACAAAUUGUGGGAUUAAAUUACGUGUAUUAGUCGUCUACAAAUAUAUACCAAUCAACGUUAUUAAUGGUCAACUAUCACUCGAGAGAGAAUUAACCAGUUUCUUUCAUGGUGCAGCGUCAGAUCGGCACUGUAAAAAAUGUUCAGAUAUAAUGGUACGACGAAUGCAAGUAUUAAAUUGGCCUGAUGUUUUGAUAUUAACAAUCAAUGAUCAAACAACAACAACAAUAAAACGAUGUGAAGGUGCCGAUUUAUGUGAACUUUAUGCACAUAGCCAAGUGAUUAUUUUAGAACGUGUUCGACGAUCAUUAGACGUUAAUAUGAUUAACCCAAUUAUUCGCUGUUGUUCAACUGGAUUCACAGAUGAUGGUUGUGAUUUUGUCGAUGGUUCGUGUGAAUCAUUGUUUGAUGCUGUCCAUGCUAUUGAAAAUAACCCAAGUUUGAAAAGAAUAAAAGAAUUAUUAUCGUCAGAUGUAUCAACAAGUUUUGUAUGUGCACACUGUGGAAAACAUUCUGAAUCAUUAUUAUGUCGAAAACAACAAAUUUAUUUAUAUCAAAAGAAAAAUGCGAAUGCUACGGCAGAUGAUCAUGUGGCUAUACCAAUUACAACGAAUUUACAUGAAACUAAUGGCGAUUGUUCACUGUGCGGUUGUUCAUUAAAUAAUGAUAUUAUGCUUGACAUUUAUUCACAAAGACAUUAUCAUUCACCCAAAAUAUUAUCGUAUCUUCUACAAACCAUAGCAUAUGAUGAAUUUUUGGAGUUAAACGUUGAAUUAAAUGAUGCUGAAGGCAAUAUUAUUCAUUAUCAGCCACAUGCAUUAUUAUUAUUAUUAAUAAGCCGAUUUACUGAUUCAAUUACGGUGUUGAAAUUGGAAAAGCGAAAUGAUUUUUAUUCGUACAAAACAAACCCUUAUACACAAAAAACAAAAUGUACAAAUGCUGAAAUUGCUGAUUGUUUUUGUACAUCGUCAAAAAGCAUAAUGAUUAUUAUCAUAAAUCUAUUGUUUUUUCUAUUGUUAUCAUUUAGAGAAAGUGUUACCAAUAAUGAUUUCGAUCGAUUACCAACACCGCCUGUCAAUUAUCGUUAUUUUGCAGAAGUUGAUCAAACUUAUAAGAUACUAGGUUCAUGUAGUGAGGUCAAAACUACCGCACCUAUGUCACGUUGCAUCUUGAAAAUUGUUCAUAAAUACAAACCCAAAUAUCUAUCCUUUGCUUUUGCUGAAGAAUUAGUUGGCACAGGAAUUGUCAUUUAUAAAUCGAUUGAUAAUGAUGAACCAUAUGUUAUUAUUCUAACAGCUUUUCAUAUUGUGGUACCUCAAUUAGAUUUAAGUUUGUCAACAUUCAUGAAAAUUUCUUUUUUAAUGAUUUGUGUAGCAAUUGCACCAGUAAUUAUUUAUUAUUCAUCUAUUGUUUACCAACAUCUAUGUAAAAUUUUAUGUGGUUUAAUAUUAUAUAUAAUUAUUUGUUCAUGUUUGGUUUACUAUGUUCUAUUAGUAAUUUAUCCAUUUCUCCUUAAUUCAUCUUUUCAAAUAACUUUAUUAUCAGAUAACAAAAUCAAUAUCAGAUCUGAAGCAUUACAAAUUUAUUGUGAAUUAAUCUCGUCUAACUUUGUGUUAUCAUAUACUUGGUGGGAUGAUAUCGGGCUGAUCAAAUGCUCAAACAUCCAAACAAACACGUUUAGAUAUUUAGAAGAAUGUAAACCAAUAUUGCAUAAUAUUCAAUCAACAUCACAUAGUUCUAUAAAUAUAACUGGUUAUGUUGAUCGUGCUCCACUAUCAUUUGAUCUUAUUAUCGAUCCUUUUUUUUCUUCUGUCAUACCAUUAAUGAGUAUUAGCACAAUUAAUGGAAAAACACCAUCAAAUCUUCUCCAUAUACAAAAAUUCAUGAAUUGCACAGGCAAAUUAAGAUUAAUUGAUGGCCGUAAGAUAUACAUCGAUACACCAUCGACUUAUGGUUUUAGCGGUGGUCCAUGCUUCUUCACGUCGAAUGCUGAUGAGUGGGGUUUUGAUGGACUCUUAACAGGUGCUUCCAGAUUAUGGAAUAUAAAAAUAAUCAAUAAUUGUUUUGUUAAAAUAAUGUUAAGUGAACAAUUAACAUAUUAUGGUAUUAAAAGUGCUUUAAAAAGACGAAAAUUAAAAGUUAAUCAUUCGAAUGAGAGAUUAAAUAAACGAUUUAAAACAUCGAUUGAUGAUCAACAAGUUUUUCAAACAACUAUUGAAAAUUGA